GCUUGUACCAGGUGAAGGCAGAUUUGCAGCUUUAAAAAAUCCCAUGCCUAAUUCACAUAUAGCAAACAUGCCAAAAUAAAAAGAAUUAAGUCAUGUGUCGGAAGUAACUUGGUCCUGAUGGAAUUUUUGCGAAAAGAACACGUUCAUCGGAGUAAUUGUUUGUAAUGGCAACGCUGAAGGCAAAAACGAUCGAUUAUGGCUUUCUAUUUAAACAUUUUGCGAGCGCUUCGUUCAAAGAAAUUACUUCAAAAUCGAGGAGAAAAGUGGCGAAUAAAAAGACACGUAACACCGAUUCGAUUUCAUCGAGCGGUGAUAAACAAUAUGAAUUUUGAGGGUUCCAAAAGAGCAGUUCAGGCUAUUCUGAUUCUUUCUCACAAGCCUAAACGUCAAGUAUGGAUUCAGAAUGACAAAAUCUUGGCGAGAGAUACGGGAACCUAUAGUUUAUUCGAUGCUAUUUUAAUUAUGGCCAGGAUCUUUACGAUAGGAUCUAUCAUCCUCGGAUUAACCGCCGCAUACUUUGUUACCCGUUUUACACACGAACACGUAUUUCCGACAAUUCUACGUAAAAGUAUCGAAUUUCUUGGGCCGAUCUUUAUUAAAUUUGGUCAGUGGGCAUCUACGCGGAAAGAUUUAUUUCCCGAGAAUAUUUGUCAUACACUUUCGCAACUGCAACGGACCGCGUCUCCUCAUUCCUGGAUCUAUACCAAGGAACUUCUGAAAUCAAUUUAUGGUUCAAAUUGGAAGAAGAUGUUUGUGAGAUUCGAAGAUGAAGAACCAAUAGGAUCAGGAUGUUGUGGUCAGGUAUACAAGGCAUGGAUAGACCCGAAUGCUCGACUGGAAGUAACGCAGAAAUCUGAAAUACCAGCAUUUGUUCAAAUUAUCGAAUAUUUCAAACUCGGCCCGCUCGCUACUUACAUCGAUAGAAUAUUGAACGGAAACGAUGGAAUCGAACGCGAUGAUGCGAACAAGAAGAAUCUGCAACCGGUAGCAGUAAAGGUUUUGCAUCCUGGAAUUAAAGAGCAAUUGAGAAGAGAUCUUUGUAUAAUGAAAGGGAUUUGUAAAUGCAUCACAUACAUAGUGCCACAGUUGCAGUGGCUCAGUUUGACCGACUGCAUAACUGAAUUUUCGCACAUAAUGGAAAAUCAAGUCGACAUGAAUUUGGAGGCGGAGAAUCUAAUUAAAUUUUCAAAUAAUUUUGCCACGAAGAAAGAUGUCGUUUUCCCGCGUCCUUAUACGAAUGUCACGCAGCCCGAGAUACUCGUGGAAAGCUUCCACGAUGGUUCCCCUAUCGCCAAUUAUCUCAGAUACGACGAUACUAAAAUGCAAGAAAAAUUAGCUAAAAUAGGAAUCAAGACGAUUUUAAAAAUGGUAUUUAGUGACAAUUUUAUUCACUGCGACUUACAUCCUGGUAAUAUAUUGGUGCAAACGAAUACCGAGCCAAGAGGAAAAAUUGGCGCUUGGUUUUGGAAAUUUAUUAACCGCGACCAUCCUCGUUUGGUCAUUCUCGACUGUGGCUUGGUAGUAUCCUUGAACGAUCGUUGUCGGCAAAAUCUUAAAAAUGUCUUUCGCUCCGUGCUGAUGGGUGAUGGCGAAUUGGCAGCGGAAUACAUACUGAAACAUAGUUCGCACAUGUCUCCCGAUCCAGACGGUUUCAAGCGUACGAUAAGAGAUAUCGUGAAUACCCAUCAUCAGAGUAAAAUUAGUGUGAACGUAAGCAGCAUCGUAACCGAGCUGUUCAACGCGAUGAUUCGAUAUCGGGUCAAGCAAGAUGGAUCCUUUAGUAGCGUAAUACUGAGCAUGGCAGUGAUCGAGGGUCUCGGACGAAGUUUGGAUCCAAAUAUCGAUAUUUUCACCGAAGUUGUACCGUUUAUCUUUGUGGACCCGAUGUACAACGUUUAAAAA